CGAGUUGACCGGAAGGGGAAAAAGGGCAGAGGGAGCCUCGAUCGGCAUUCGUGCCCUUUUUCGAACGGGGUUGUGGUCAGGACAAGACGUGUUAAGCGACGGUCUGGGUUUGGGAGAGGCAGCUGCUAUUCCUGGUGUACUUUGGGGCGGGGCAAGCUUCAAGGAUUGGAUACCGCAAGACAGACUCGCAGUCGAGGAAAGGAAAACCGAGACGCCCAAACGACCAGGUCGGGCUGUACAUUUGACAUCACAGAUAUUCCUCAUCUCAGAUAUUUUUAAACGUCAGAAACAGCAACAUCAACAACAUCGACAAUUGAUUUACAAAGAAAAGAACACCAGUGGUUCGACGUUUUUCACGGUUUUUAAAGAAUACAGUCGGUUGCUAUAAUACUAAUACAUAUCAUAGCGGUCGUUAUUCGUGUACAAUAGAUAAAAAAGGAAACAACCAUGAAUCAUAUUGACAUCAACAAUCAAGCAGUAGUCACUGAGGAUGGAAUAUAUCGAUCCACGCUACUAGAAAACCCUGACAAUCUGUUUGAUGCUGUUGAAGAGAACUUUUCUACAACGCAUGAAUGUUUUUUGAGGGGGUUGGAAAUAUCUCGUAAUAAACCAUUCCUGGGCAAACGAAGUGGUCCAAAUGGCGCAUAUGAAUGGAUAACUUAUCAAGAGGCUUAUGACAGAGCCCAUGAAAUCGGAAGUGGGCUGCUGCAGUUAGGAGUGAAAGCCGGGGUAGAAGAAAUCAUCAGUAUAUACUGCAAAAACAGAAUCGAGUGGACACUCAUUGACCUGGCUUGUGCGAUGUACACAGUGGCUCUUGCAGGGCUCUAUGACACAAUAAGUGCUGAAGCUUCAUCCUACGUCAUCGAACAAACGGAAAGUAAAGUUCUAAUAUGUGACAAUGUCAGUAAAAUGGACAAAUUGUUCAGUACAAAAAGUUCUUAUGAGAAUUUGAAGACUAUCGUUCUUGUAGAUCACCCUGGAGACGACUUCACUAAUGUCGAAAAGGAGAGAAACAUAAAAAUAGUUUCUCUGGAAGCAGUCCAAGAAAUGGGUAAAAAUAAUUUAGAAGAAUUAGUUCCACCAAAACCAGAAAAUUUAUUUUGCCUCUGUUACACAAGCGGUUCCACAGGUUUACCAAAAGGAGUCAUCACGUCUCACCGAAAUGUAACAAGUAUGGUUGCGUCAACUGAAAUACUGAUGCAAGGCCACAAUCCUUAUAAUCCAGACACAGUCAACUUUUCCUAUCUACCAUUACCACAUGCAUUUGAACGAUUAAAUCAGUUACUGACAUAUACUAAAGGUGGUAGAAUUGGCUUUUUUCAAGGAGAUGUUAAAAAAUUAUUUGAUGACCUGCAGGAAUUGAAACCAACAAUAUUUACAGCAGUUCCGCGUAUUUUGAACCGUGUCUAUGAUAAAAUACACAAUGAACUCAAAAGUCCUAUCAAAAUGAAAAUUCUGGAAUGGGCAUUGAGAAGUAAACAAGGUGAGGUCGAAAAAGGAAUUUUUCGAAAUAAUUCCUGGUGGGAUAUACUGAUAUUGAAAAAAAUCCAAAAUUUAUUUGGUGGCAAUAUUAAAUUCCUUGUUAUAGGAUCAGCCCCUAUCUUGGCAAAGAUUUUGAACUUUUUCCGUUAUGCUUUGGGUUGCCAGGUGUAUGAAGGUUAUGGCCAAACGGAAAGUACGGGAAUAGUCACAAUAACUCUUCCAGGUGAAUGUGAUGCAGGUCAUGUUGGCCCUCCAGCCCCUAAUAAUUAUGUUAAACUGGUUGAUGUUCCGGAAGCUGGAUAUUUCCAAGCCGAUGGAAAAGGAGAGAUUUGUGUGAAAGGAAUGAAUGUGACAGGCGGAUAUUUCAAGCUUCCAGAGAAAACAGCAGAAAUAUUCGACAGUGACGGCUGGCUUCAUACACAAGAUAUUGGCAUGUUUUUACCCAAUGGAACACUGAAAAUCAUUGACCGCAAAAAGAACAUAUUUAAACUUUCACAGGGCGAGUAUAUUGCACCUGAAAAGAUUGAAAAUAUUUACUUAUUAUGUCCAUUAAUAUCUCAAAUCUUUGUGGCUGGUGACAGUUUACAGUCCUACAUUGUGGCCAUAGUUGUUCCAAAUGAUGAGAACUUACUUGAACUAGCAAAGUUGAAAGGAAUAGAAGGAACAUUUGAAGAACUCUGUGACAACAAGGAAAUAAAGAGCAUUAUUUUGACCGAUAUUCAAGAAAUAGGUAAAAAACAUGAUUUGAAAGGUUUUGAACAGGUAAAGGCUAUCACUCUCACUUCGGUCCCAUUCGGAAUUGAAAAUGGUCUCAUUUCAUCAACACUGAAGAAUAAACGAUUCCAAUUAUUGAAAACUUUUCAGCAACAUAUUUCAGAUAUGUACAAAAUCAGCAAUGGUUCUUAGGCAACAUUUUGUGACUUAUGAGUCAUUAUAACAACAUUUUCUCUAUUUUCUUAUACAUCAUUGUACCAUACUUUCUCUCAAUAGAAUUUCUGCCACAAAUUUAUACUAUUUGGUUGUCAGAUGAAAUUGUUUUGUUUUUGUUUUUGUUUUUCCUACUUGGUAAUUCAAUGCUGUAUGUCUGAAAAGAAGUUGGAAAGCUUCUACCCCUACUGGUGACAAAGGGCCUCUCGCACAGAGUGAAAGGUAGAUUGUACAAUGCAUGUGUGUGAACCACCAUGCUUCAUGACAGUGAAACAUGGGCCAUGACUGUGGAGGACAUGCGUAGGCUAUACGAUAAAUGAAAGUUGUUGAGAAAGGGUAAAGCAACAGAACAAACAAAAAAAUAAAAAUAAAAGGCAUAUAACAUUACAAUAAAAACAAUUUGUGUUGAUUCAAAUAACAUUAGAAAGGAUUGAAAUAAAUAGAAGAAAAAGAAAACAAAUUUAUCUGAGAACCUAAUAACUUACUGUGAUGAAUGCUGUAAAUGUAAACCAAUACUUAAAAGGGGAAAAUCCAUUAGCAGCUCUUGAUUAUUCAAUGAAGCCAUUUCACUUUUGCUAACACUACUAAUAUGUUUGGGAAAGGCUCACAAUCACUAACUGUACUCGGGAUACUAAUAAUUUUUUUCUUCUUGGAUACAAAGACUGAGAGAAAAAUUAUCCGGAAUAGGGCAUGUGUGGAUUAAAUUAAUAUAAGUAAAUUACCUGUGAUAAUUAAUGAUGACAGCAAUGAGUCCCAUAAUCCUUUGUGUCAUACAAGUGCAACUAGGACAAAUGAUUGGCAGAGCUUAAACCUCCAUAAUAAUUACUGGUAUUUGCUAGUACAAAAAAAUAUCAGUUUAUAGUAACUUACUAAAUAAUUUGAAAUACAAUAGAAACAAGUAUGGUUAAAGAGUUAACGGGAAAUAUAUCAAAAUAUCUGUUUAAAAAGGGUUUUUUUUUUUUUACUUCUUUAUAGUUGUUGUUAUUCUUUAGCUCCUCAAAAAAAAGCUGUUAUAAUUCAAGAAAUAUUUUUUAUAAUUUUCUCAAUGUAUUUUUUUAACCUUCAAAAUGUAUUUUUAUAACUUUCAAAAUGUAUUUUCUAUAAGUUUCUUCGGAAGAUUAAAGUUAUUGUUUUAUAAUUUACUUCAA